AUGGUCCAGAGUUGGCGGCCUUGGGAAACGGAGAGUCAGCCAUUACCGCUGGCAAACGUUGAUGCCAACCGAUCCAACCCAACACCCCCUCCACAAACCACCACCACCACCACCACCACCAACACCGCCAGCACCAUCCUACCCGGCAUCGCUUCACUUGUUUCUCCCCUCUCCCUACGAGACGAGAACAUCCAGGCUGGUGCAGCGAGUAAAGGGAGGCCAACAUCUCUUCCUGCAUUAAUACCACUCGGCACAACCACAGCUCGGCCGCCUCACCCUCCAGCAUCAGUCUAUCCUCCCGUCGCAUCGUCACACUCGCCAGCGACCACGACACAACUGCCUCCCAUAUCGCAUGCAAGCGGCGCGUACCCACCACCCGUUGUACACCACCAACCGCCACCAACAUACCACUCCCCAACGACGACAACACCGACGUCAUACCACCAAGUCUCGACGGCACACCAGCCGAUAGCUACAGCAACCACUCUGGCAGGAACGAUACCCCAUCCUCCGAUCACGGUGGGAGCACGAAGCACGGUGGACGCUGCGGCCGCCUCGAACCUCAACCCACCUUCGUCCUCUGCCACGUCGACUCACAAAAAACGCAAGUCGGACGCCAUCGAAGACUGCCAAGCUCUGCCCCAGAUUGACGACGAUGACCCUCGCCUCGACCUUUGCGAAGACUCGGCCAACCAGAUCCGCCGCAAGAUCCGCAAUUUUAUAGAGGGCGGCUACAUGAAGGUCGGCGAAUUUCAGACGGCCAUCGGCUGCUCUCCUGCCUCGUACCAGCGAUUCAUGAAGCAGGUCGGCCCUCACGUCGGUUACGGUAGCGACGUCUUCCACGCCGCUAACCGCUUCUUCCGCAAGCGCGAGCUGCAGGGUCUCAAGGCAGCGCCUGGCAAAAAGGUCCGCCGUGGCGUGGAGAGCAAGGAUCUUGAUGUCAGCGGCAUAACGCUUGAGGGAGAAAGUGAGCAAGCCGUCAAGGUGUACGACACAUGCGACGAUGUACGACGUAAAAUCAACGCCUUCCUCCGCAAGCCUGACGUCACGCAGGCGGCGUUUUGCCGAGAAAUUGCCAAGAGCUUCCCCGGCGACCGCAAAGUGCAGUCGAAACAACUCAACGAUUUUCUGGGUAAAAAAGGCGCUACGGCGGGCAAUACCAGCUGCGUCUACUAUGGUUCAUAUGUCUUCUUCGAGAAGCACAGGCUCAAGGAAGGGAAGCCUAAAACUCAAAUGCGCGAGGAGAUGGAGAAGAUACACCCAGGCGGCAUGAACACAACCGAAGUCAUGAACUAUGUCACUUGUUUCGGCAACGAAAGGCCUUACACCGACAAGUAUGGUCGUCUCGGCUUCGCGCACGGGCCGGGGGGCCCAUCGAGGUGA